UCCUGCGCCGCGGCCUCUGGCUCUGAGCGCGGCGGCCCGGGGGCAGCAUGGAGGCCAAGCGCGGGUCCACGCCGGCUACCGGCGGUGCGUGGUCGGUGUCGGCCGAGGAGACCGAAAAGUGGAUGGAGCAGGCCAUGCAAAUGGCCAGAGAAGCCCUAGAAAAUAUCGAAGUUCCUGUUGGUUGCCUUAUGGUCUUCAACAAUGAAGUUGUGGGGAAGGGAAGAAAUGAAGUUAACCAAACCAAAAAUGCGACUCGACAUGCAGAAAUGGUGGCCAUCGACCAGGCCCUAGAUUGGUGUCGUCACAGUGGCAAGAACUCUUCCGAAGUGUUUGAGCACACUGUGUUGUACGUCACCGUGGAGCCGUGUAUCAUGUGUGCAGCUGCCCUCCGCCUGAUCAAAAUCCCGCUGGUUGUCUACGGCUGUCAGAAUGAACGAUUCGGUGGCUGUGGCUCUGUGCUAGACAUUGCCUCUGCUGAUUUACCAAAUACUGGGAGGCCGUUUCGGUGCAUUCCUGGCUAUCGGGCUGAGGAAGCAGUGGAAAUGUUAAAGACCUUCUACAAACAAGAAAAUCCAAAUGCACCAAAAUCAAAGGUUCGGAAAAAGGAAUGUCAGAAGUCCUAAACUUGCUCUAACGAAAGGCUCAUGCCCCCGGACGACAGUCUUGGACUGAAAGCUCUUGACAUCGUUAAAUCAUAUAUUUCUAUAUUGCCCUUGACCCGUGGGAAAAUCGUGUCUUAUCAUUUGCUUUGCUAAGGGAACAAAUUAGCACUUUUAAAAAAGUCCAACAGUUGUAAACGACUCAGCUUUUCCACAAGCUGGAAGAACAUUUUAGGAAGGGGAAAAAGUAGUAAAGAUUGAGGUUUUGUAAAUUAGUAAGCAGUACAUGCUCUUCCUGCCAAAAUAAUUAUGCUCAGUCCAGGGAAGUGCUGACUUUCAGAGGAUGUGCCCAGACUCGGUUACCUGACGUGUCUGGCCUGGAGCGUGCCACCCUGCGGACACCUGCUCCAGACCUGGCCUUUCAGACUCAGACUCUUCAUUCUUUGCAGCCACUAUGUUCUCCCAGGGGGGCCCGUGACUGCCUUGGAAAUUGUAUCUGAAUCGUAUGCAUAUAGACCAUGAUUAUGUGGUCCUUAGAACAGAUUUUUGCUUUUAUAAAGCAUUUAGGGAAAAUACAUACUUUUAAAACAAGUGCUUAAGUAUCAUUUUAAAAUUACAGCACUUGCUAUCAUGAAACCUUAUUUAUGCCUUCUUUGAAGAUGAACAGUCUUAAAAAUAAAAGCGCAUAAAUGGAACAAUUCCUUCUCUGUUACUGAGCAGCUGUAUUGUGCUGGGCUCCGUUUAUUUACUGAAUCAAUGAGCAAAACAAAGAGUUCUGCCCUCAUGGAGCUCCUUUUCUAGCAGGAGGAGACAGACAGUGAACCCAGCAGAUUCCAAAGUACGUUAGAGGGUGAUAAGAGUCAUGGCAAAAAGGCAAAGAACUGGGUAGAGAUGGGUGUGCCAUUUGGCGGUGGGAAUGCUGGUUGCAGAAUUGAAUGAUUAGUUUAAUCUGAAAUUAAACAGUUAUUUCUUUUUAUAAAACUCCAGAUUUAGAAUUUAAAAUGUUAAAGUGUGCACACCACCCUGGAAAGGGUAUCCGCAGCAGGAAGUUCCAGAUAUUCAGGCUCCCUGACUGAAGGGUGGCCUCUGAUGAACUGAAGCUUUGCAGAGCCUUGCUGGGAUGCUCCGCGUCUGCCCAGAAGGGGGCCUCGCCGUUCCACCAGAAGCCUAGCUCCUCAGUUGCAUUUCUUCAGUGGAUUCAUUUCCUUGAUGCAAAGCAUCUGUAUUUGUUGGUUCUGCCAUUUGAGCAAUGUCUCUGACUUGUUUGUUUUGAAUUACAUUACAGGCUGGAAUGUAAUUGUGGUGAAAGUAUUUUUAUAUUGCCGAGGGUAGCAGCUAAUCACAGUUAUAUGCUUCAGAGGAUUUAUAAUUGCUUGGUUUGGUACGUGUGUUUUCUGACUGCAUUUGAGAAGUUUUAUGGAGAAGAAUAUACAUGAUUUUAAAUCUAUAAUAAUGUUAUAUGUACCUUCUCUUCAAUUUCACCUACUUUAAAAAUGAUCUCAUUAAAUUUUAGUGCUUUGA